AUGCUAUUCGUGCUGCGCCAUCCACCGUUCAAGGGAACAAAGAGGCGGCGCUAUAUCAACAGGACCGUUGGCACGCUCCUGGAUGUCGCGGACGAUGCAACUGUCAAGGGUCACCAGGCCAAGGAGCUGCGCAAUGCCACAGCGAAGGCUAUCUCGGAUACAUGGAAGGAUUCCCGAUUGGCUACAGCCGCAAUGGCAGCACUCGACUCCCUUGUGGACGACAAAGUCUCGCACUGGGGCAUCGCUACAGUUCCCAAUCUGACCGCCUACCCUAUCAGAUUGGAUUUUCGGUUGGACAAUAUGGCCAGCGAGGCAGGAUGGAUGUCUAAUCGAUCCAUCUCACUGUGGAUCGUAGGCGCUUCGUCUAUCUCCCGAGCUCAGAUUCGGUCGGUCGAGACCCGAGCCCAUGAAAACCUCCUGAUAAUAAUUACUCAGGCUUUUCCUUGA